ACCUAUGGAUUCACCAAUCGAUACAUUCAAAUCUCUGCACGAGUCAUCCGUAAAAUUACACGCCUUCUCCUCUACUCUUUUCUCCAUAUAUUCAUUUUAUUUACACAUUUUGUUGCUCAUCGUUUCCAGCGUUUUUUUUAUAGUUUGAAAAAAAAUUCCACGCGUAAACGCACUGUGCUUCCAUGGUUCUUACAAUCUACGAUUAUGUAGCCUACGUAGAUUUCGAACUCGUGUAUUUGCAGCUUACAGUCUCACGUACGUUGUACAAAUCGUGCAUUUUCGGUUACAAUUAAGAGCACAGCGAUCAAAAAGGCCUUUCAGUUACAAGUUCGUUGAUCAUUACGAUCGUUUUAGUAACUUUUGCAUUAUGCAUAGACAAAGAAUAUCGUGAUCGUGAUGCGCUUGCUCGUGGCGACCUCUUUGUUCGAUAUAUAUGUCAUUGGUCACUGAGUAUAUCGGUAAGUAUUUACACCUACAAGUUUUCACGUGUUUUGCGAUUUUGACUUUUAACCAACUUUGAACAAUACGAAUGGCAAAUCCGAUAUAAUUUAACAUUUUUGGUAUAUCUGCAUUUUCAAAAUGCAAGUAUCUUGCCCGAACGAUGUAAAAAUAUAUAAUUUAAGCGCUGGAAAGUCUCUGCCGGAGAUAUUCGACGUCGAAUUGAACUUAUCCAAGAUUUUGACAUGCCUGGCAUCAGCUCUUCCAUCAAAGUUACAAACGACGGACAAUAUAUAUUAGCAACAGGUAUAUACAAGCCACGUGUAAAAUGCUUCGACGUAAAGAACCUGUCUCUGAAGUUUGAAAGAUGUUUUGACUCUGAAGUUGCUGCAUUCGACAUAUUGUCGGAUGAUUAUAGCAAAUUGGUAUUUCUGCGCUGCGACCGAAGCGUCGAGUUCCACGUUGCUUAUGGAAAAUAUUACAUACUCAGAGUACCUCGUUUUGGAAGGGAUCUAAAAUAUCGUUAUCCAUCUUGCGAUCUUUUUAUAGCGGGAGAUAGUAACGAGAUUUACAGAAUAAAUCUUGAAAGAGGACAAUUUCUGCAGUCCUUGUCGACAGAGGCAUCGUCUGUAAAUAAGUGUGAAAUCAAUCCAGUACAUCAUCUUCUUGCUAUCGGAACAGAAGAGGGAAAGAUAGAAGCGUGGGAUCCUCGAGUCAAAAACAGAGUUGGUACUUUGGAUUGUGCUUUACAUUGCGUUGGAGAAAACAAAUUAGAAAAAGUUCCUGCCGUUACCAGUUUAAAAUAUCAAGCGGGUUUAACACUUGGAGUAGGCACAUCAACCGGACAAAUAUUAUUGUACGAUAUUCGUUCCAGUAAACCAUUUUUAAUAAAAGAUCACAUGUACGGGCUGCCUAUUAAAAAUAUUGAAUUUCAUCAAACAACGAAUACGGUCUAUUCCAUGGAUAGUUCCGUCGUGAAAAUAUGGGAAAGAAACAGCGUAAGUGAAAUUUACGAGUCGAUAGAUGAAAAAGGCAAACAACAAUGGCGAUAUAUUCGAGGUAAAUUGUACACGUCCAUAGAAGCUCAGCACGAUUUUAACGAUAUGUGUGUCAUACCAAACACUGGAAUGCUUUUAAUUGCCAAUGAAAAUACAAAGAUGCAAACGUUUUACAUUCCUUCCCUCGGUCCAGCUCCCUAUUGGUGCAGUUUUCUAGAUAAUCUAACGGAAGAAUUGGAAGAAUUGAAUCACGAAAUCAUUUAUGAUGAUUAUAAAUUUGUAACUGAAAAAGAGUUGGAAGAAUUAAGUCUUUCGCAUUUGAAAGGUACUAAUCUUCUUAGGGCUUACAUGCAUGGCUAUUUCAUGGACAUUCGAUUAUAUAGGAAAGCAAGAGAUGUAACGAAACCGUUUGAAUUCGAACACUAUAAAAAGAAGAAAAUUCAGCAAAAAAUAGAAGAAAUUCGUGGUAGCAGGGUACAGAUUCAAAAACUACCGAGUGUAAACAAAGAACUCGCAUCGAAGUUGAUGGACGACGAGACAAAUGCAAAAAAGAAGAAAAAGAAUUCUUCCAAUCUACUAACGGACGAACGUUUUAAACAACUAUUUACUAAUCCAGAUUUUGAAGUGGACAAAAAUUCGGCAGAGUAUACAUUGUUAAAUCCUGUUAUUUCACAACUUGACAAACACAAAACGAAGAGGUUGAAAGCCAAAGCGGAUGAGACAGAAAUGAAAGAAAAAGUUGAAAUCGAUCACAUAGAAGAUGAACAUCAUGAUAACAGCUCAGACGAGAGCUUUAUUCACGAUGAUAGCAGUUCAGAAGACGAAAAACAAUGGAUCAAGGAAAUGAAAAAUCAAUACCGAUUGAUAAAAAAGAAUGAAAGACAAAUACAAAAAAAUAAUGAAAGUAUGGCAGAUACAAAUGAACUUGGUACGAACGAACCUCAGUUCUAUGAAAUCAAAGAACACGUAGAAUUCAAAGAUGCAAAACCAGUAGCAAAAAAACAAAGCAAAAACAGACAAGAAGAAAAUUGCAGGUGAAGAGACACGAAAAAGAAUACAAACACUUGUUAAGACCAGUAGGAAAUUUAUACAAAAAGAGACGUUAAUAUUAAUAGCUGUAUAAUUUGUUAAAUGCCAAUUCUUUUAAAGAAUAAACAAUAUUUUUACAUCGCUAUUAUUCGUUAUGUUCCGAAGAAUAAAUCGUCAUAUUCCUUUGCUUUACCGCCCCGUAUUAGAAAUUGCUUAUACCGCAAAUAAGUUUGUGUAUUUCGACGCGAUGCGUGUACGGAUAUCUCGACAAAGGUGAAGUGUCAUCUCGAAAGAGCGAUACAACAAACUUUCAUACGUUAGGGUGAAUCACACGGAGUAUCGAUACAAAUGUUUUCUUUUCAAGUUCGAAAGUAUUCUACCCGUUCGUCGAAAAAAAUGACAUUAGCAAGCAAUAACGAAUCAAAAAAUGGAAAGGACCCUCCUCAGCAAAAUCACGAGGAAGGAAUUCCGGAAUCUACACCAUCUAGAUUAUCAGAUUUACGUAUGCAAAGUACAGAGAUCGGUGAAAUUACAGAAAUGCCAGAUUUUGAAAUGCUCAAUACAUCAGCGGUACUUCAUUAUUGCGAACAUAAAAUUUUAAGGCCAUAUCUGAGGCUGUUAGGAGUAAUGGGUUUAAAACCAAUAAGCAACGAUGAUUCGCAACGAUGCACUUGUUACUGUAUUUUUGCAAAUCUUCAUACUUGUCAAGUUGCAAUAUUUAUGUGUAUCGGAUAUGUACUGCAAUACAUGGCAUGUUUUAGGUAAUAACAUCCGAUACAAUAUACCUUCCAUAUAGCUAUUAUCAAGUACGAUCGAUUUUUUAGAAGAGACAGAGGUUUUUGUUACAAAACAACGACUUUGAGGUUUCAACUUACAUCCAGUAUCGACGAGGAAAGUUCCAAAGAAAUCACUUGUUUUGGAAAUGUCAUAUUUAGUUAUCUGAUUCCCAGUAUUUUACAUUUAGUUGCAUACGUAUAUACAGUAUAUCUGUUUCGAAUUAAACAAAACGAACAAUUGCAAAAUUUAAUGGAACGAGCAUUUCUUUUGUCCUCUAACUCCGUAAACCAUGGAAAUCAAAGGAGGCUCGUACGGAUAUUGUGGUUUUUCAUAGCAUUGAGCCUCGUAUGGAUAAUCAUGGCGUUAGUUACAGUAAAUGUAUUAAUGGCUCAAGAAAGCAUUGUAUUUCAAUGGUUAGAACACAGGCAAGUUGCUCAACAUUAAUUUGUUUUUUGUCUUUUUUUCACCGAACCAUAUUAAAUUUCACACUUGUUCCAAAUUUAUCAUUUUUUGCAUAGUCAAAUAAAAAUAACAUUGAAGGUACUUUUAAUCAUAUGCACAUUAUGGCACGAUAUGGUUCAAGGAACAAUUAUAACCAGUUACUGCUUGCAAGGUCAGCUUUUACUGGCACAUCUAUAUUUUCUACGUGAAAAAUUACUUCACCAUACUUUACCUCCUAUAGAUUGGAUGAAGGUUUGUAAUUCGAUUGAUCUGUACAAUUGUUCUAUUAACCGUUGUCAAUAAUAAAGAGAGAAAAACGAAGAAACAAGUAGAAGAGGGAAAACCAAAAUUGCGUUUGUUACUUCUUAUGUCACAGGAAAUUAGUGAAUUUAGAAAGCUAUUGAAAUAUUUCAACGACGAUUUAGGGCCGGCUGUAUGCAUCUACACAGUUGUAAAUUUAUCAUGGGCUGCAGCAGGCACCAUUUGGUUACUCCGAUACGAUAACAGCGAUAUGCAAUCUAAUCCUGUCACAUGGAUCGAAACACUAAACGUAAUUCUUUGGAUUUUAAUAUCAAUAGUUCCUUUCAUCCAGGCAGCUCGCUUAACAACUGCUUGUUCUAUGAUUCAAAGUAUAGGACACGAAGUGCGCAUUCGACCAUUUGUCUAUCAGAGUACACCUGGCGAAGAUCUUGAUACUAUACUUUUAUAUACAUCGUCGUUGAAAAUGUACGCCAGAUUAUUUAGAAUACCAAUUACAGGUAGAUAUCUUUGUCUCCUUCUCAGCAUAGGUAGUAUGUCGAUUCUCACACUAGGACAGUGUCAAUUCUUCUAACAUGUAAAGAACUUGAUUCAAGUAAAGUAUCUUUUUUGUACAUGGUAUCUAUUUAUCAUUUCAUACGUAAAUCGAUACUAAUAACCUUGGGGUCAAUUUGGAGUCAAAUCUAUAUUCAUAAAAUUUUAGUCCUAUAUCGUACAUGUCCUACACGUUGUAUUUGUUUUAUACUUAUCGAGUUGCGAAAAUAUGUACGUAGUUAUCAAAUUAAAAAUGUUGAUACAUGAAUUCGGUAUAGAGUACCGAAGUAGCAACGCGCGUAACAAUUGUUAAUAAUUAACCGAUUAAAUAAAAAUCCAUAUUCAAAACUUGUGCAUUUUUUGUACACAAUUUCUGUAUUCUUCUUUUUAAACACAUUGCAUUAUUCAGAGAGUAAUAAAAAUUUGAAUGAAACAAGACAAAGAAUCAAGACAAGACGGUAUCACAUUGUUUCAUGGAGUACGAUUUUCGAAAAUUCACAUACUAAUCUGUUCACUAACUAAUUUUACAAAUGAAAAUUUGUGAAAGUGGAACUAACCUCUUCAUCGUAUCAUUAGAAAAACAAAUUUUAUCAAUGAAAAUCGAAUUUUUAAACUACUCAAAAAUGAAAUUAAAGUUUCAACUCCAAAAAACACUCUUUGCAAAAUAUCGCACCGAUUCGUUACGAGAUCAAUCAAUCAAUCGCAUUUAAUGCGAAUUGCUCGGUUUCGUAGGUACGACGGUCGGUAAACUAGCGAUUCACCGUACUACGAAAGGAACUGUACACUUUGUUAUU